AUGUCGAAAGAAGAAGAGGAUGGAGUACUGGAAGGCCUGGAGGAGUUCUGCACCGAAGAGCAGAUGGGCACCCAGAAGAAGAAGAAGCCAAAGAAGCUGAAGGAGAACAAGACUUCCAAAGCCAAGCGGAAGAAGAAAGAGGGGAGCCACAACGAAGAUCUCUCUGAGAACGAGGAGGAGCUGGGAGAAAAAUCAGAGAGCGAGGGCAGUGACUAUUCCCCGAACAAGAAGAAGAAGAAGAAACUGAAAGAGAAGAAGGAGAAAAAGGCCAAACGGAAAAAGAAGGAUGAGGAAGCGGUGGAGAAUGAUGAUGGAGGCUUGAAGGAGCCCAAGAGCUCAGCACAGCUGAUGGAGGAGUGGGGCCUGGAUGACGUGGACUACGCUUUCUCGGAGGAGGACUACCACAUGCUGACCAACUACAAGGCUUUCAGCCAGUUUCUCAGGCCGCUGGUCGCCAAGAGGAACCCCAAAAUCCCCAUGUCCAAGAUGAUGACUGUCCUCGGGGCCAAGUGGCGAGAGUUCAGCGGCAACAACCCAUUCAAAGGCAGCUCGGCAGCCGCCGCCGCCGCCGCUGUGGCUGCAGCCGUGGAAACUGUGUCCGUGGUCCCGGUGCCGCACCCGGGCAGCCCUGCGCAAGAGCCGCCACCGGCACCGGUCGUCAGAAAGGCCAAGAUGAAAGAGGGGAAAGGUCCUGGCGCACGGAAGAAAAUCAAGAACGCCAAAGAGAGCAAGAAAAAGGGGAAAGGGAAGAAGGCCACGGCCCUGAAAUUCCGCUUCGGGGGGAUCGCCAGCAAGAGGAAAAAGGGCUCCUCCAGUGAGGACGAUGAUCGGGGUGACUCUGACCCGGACAGCGCCAGCAUCAACAGCUGCUCCAUGCGCUCCGAUGCCUCUCCCGCUGCGGGCAGGCGGGGAAAGAAGAGGAAGAAGAAGAGGCCAGCUGCAGAAGGCGAUGGCUACGAGACGGACCACCAGGACUACUGCGAAGUGUGCCAGCAGGGCGGGGAGAUCAUUCUCUGUGACACGUGUCCCCGCGCCUACCAUCUCGUGUGCCUGGACCCGGAGCUUGAGAAGGCGCCCGAGGGCAGGUGGAGCUGCCCGCACUGUGAGAAGGAGGGCAUCCAGUGGGAGCCGAAGGACGAGGAGGACGAGGAUGAAGAGAUGGGAGAGGAGGAGGACGACCACAUGGAGUUCUGCCGCACCUGCAAGGAUGGCGGGGAGCUCCUUUGCUGUGACACCUGUCCGUCGUCCUACCACCUGCACUGCCUGAACCCGCCACUGCCGGAAAUCCCGAAUGGGGAAUGGCUGUGCCCCCGCUGCACAUGCCCACCGCUGCAAGGCAAAGUGCAGCGGAUCCUCCACUGGGUCUGGACGGAGCCCCCGGCCCCUCUCACGGCUGCCGUGCCCCCCGUGGGUCCCGAGCUGGCGGCCCCGGCAGCCAAGCCCCUGGAAGGGGUCCCUGAGCGGAGGUUCUUUGUCAAGUGGGCGGGCCUCUCGUACUGGCACUGCUCCUGGGUCAAAGAGCUGCAGCUCGAGCUCUACCACACGGUGAUGUACCGCAACUACCAGCGGAAGAACGACAUGGAUGAUCCCCCGGCCUUUGACUACGGUUCCGGUGAGGAGGAUGGCAAGAGUGAGAAGAGGAAGAACAAGGACCCCCACUAUGCCCGGAUGGAGGAGAAGUACUAUCGGUAUGGAAUCAAGCCCGAGUGGAUGAUGGUGCAGCGGAUACUCAACCAUAGCUUUGACAAGAAGGGAGAGGUGCAUUACCUCAUCAAGUGGAAGGACCUGCCGUACGACCAGUGCUCCUGGGAGGGAGACAACACCGACAUUCCGUACUAUGAGAACUUCAAGCAGCUUUACUGGAAUCACCGGGAGAUGAUGCUGGGGGAAGAGAGCGGCCAGCUCACCAGGCCCCGGGGCAAGAAGGGGGAGAAGCUGGAUGGAGACAGACUGGAGAGGCCUCCUGAGACGCCCCUCGUGGACCCCACUGUAAAAUUCGACAAGCAGCCCUGGUACAUCGAUGCCACUGGUGGAACGCUGCACCCGUACCAGCUGGAGGGACUGAACUGGCUGCGUUUUUCCUGGGCGCAGGGAACGGACACGAUCCUUGCCGACGAAAUGGGGCUUGGCAAGACAGUCCAGACCAUCGUGUUUCUCUACUCGCUUUACAAGGAGGGCCACUCCAAAGGGCCGUACCUGGUCAGCGCCCCGCUUUCCACCAUCAUCAACUGGGAACGGGAGUUCGAGAUGUGGGCGCCAGGCUUCUACGUGGUCACGUACACCGGGGACAAGGAGAGCCGCUCGGUGAUCCGCGAUAACGAGUUCUCCUUCGAGGACCACGCCAUCCGGAGUGGGAGGAAAGUGUUCCGCAUGAGGAAAGAAGUCCAGAUCAAGUUCCAUGUGCUGCUUACGUCCUAUGAGCUGAUCACGAUCGAUCAGGCCGUCCUGGGAUCCAUUGAGUGGGCCUGCUUGGUGGUCGACGAAGCCCACCGCCUGAAAAACAACCAGUCCAAAUUCUUCAGGGUGCUCAACAGCUACCAAAUCGACUACAAGCUCCUCCUGACGGGGACACCACUCCAGAACAACCUAGAGGAGCUCUUCCACCUGCUCAACUUCCUCACGCCGGAGAGGUUCAACAACCUGGAAGGGUUCCUGGAGGAGUUUGCUGACAUCUCCAAGGAAGACCAGAUUAAGAAGCUGCAUGACCUUCUGGGACCUCACAUGCUCCGGAGGCUGAAAGCCGAUGUGUUCAAGAACAUGCCGGCCAAGACAGAGCUGAUUGUGCGGGUGGAGCUGAGCCAGAUGCAGAAGAAGUACUACAAAUUAAUCCUGACAAAGAACUUUGAGGCUCUGAACUCCAAAGGGGGAGGCAAUCAGGUGUCCCUGCUCAAUAUCAUGAUGGAUCUGAAGAAGUGCUGCAACCAUCCAUACCUUUUCCCUGUGGCAGCUGUGGAAGCCCCGGUGUUGCCAAACGGCUCCUAUGACGGCAGCUCACUCGUGAAGUCGUCAGGAAAGCUGCUGCUGCUGCAGAAGAUGCUGAAGAAGCUGCGUGACGGGGGCCACCGGGUCCUCAUUUUUUCUCAGAUGACAAAAAUGCUUGACUUGCUGGAGGAUUUCUUGGAAUAUGAAGGCUACAAGUAUGAGCGUAUUGAUGGUGGGAUCACGGGGGGACUGAGGCAGGAGGCCAUCGACAGGUUUAACGCUCCCGGGGCACAGCAGUUCUGCUUCCUGCUCUCUACCCGAGCCGGCGGUUUGGGCAUAAAUCUUGCAACAGCCGACACGGUCAUAAUUUACGAUUCUGACUGGAAUCCCCACAAUGAUAUCCAGGCCUUCAGCAGAGCCCACCGGAUCGGGCAGAACAAGAAGGUGAUGAUCUACCGCUUCGUGACGAGGGCCUCCGUCGAGGAGCGCAUCACCCAGGUGGCCAAGAGGAAAAUGAUGCUGACGCACCUGGUGGUGCGCCCGGGCCUGGGCUCCAAGUCCGGCUCCAUGACCAAGCAAGAGCUGGAUGACAUCCUGAAGUUUGGGACGGAGGAGCUGUUCAAGGAUGACGUGGAGGGCAUGGUCUCCCAGGCCCAGCGGAUCGGUGUGCCAGAGGCCGUGGCCCCUUUCGCUGAGGCCCUGGCCUCCAGAGGAGGGGCUGCAGCACCCGGCGUGAAGAAGAAGCAUGGCGGCCCGCCCCCAGGUGACAGCAAAGAUGUCGAGGACAGCAGCGUGAUCCACUACGACGAUGCGGCCAUCUCCAAGCUCCUGGACCGCAGCCAGGACGCCACCGAGGACGCAGAGCUGCAGAACAUGAACGAGUAUCUGAGCUCUUUCAAAGUGGCCCAGUAUGUUGUGAGAGAAGAGGACGGUGUGGAGGAGGUGGAGCGUGAGAUCAUCAAGCAGGAGGAGAACGUGGACCCUGAUUACUGGGAGAAGCUGCUGAGGCACCACUACGAGCAGCAGCAGGAGGACCUGGCCCGCAACCUGGGGAAGGGCAAGCGUGUCCGCAAGCAGGUCAACUACAACGAUGCCUCACAGGAGGACCAAGAGUGGCAGGACGAGCUGUCGGACAACCAGUCCGAAUACUCCAUCGGCUCUGAAGAUGAGGAUGAGGACUUUGAGGAAAGGCCGGAAGGACAGAGUGGCCGGAGGCAGUCUCGGAGGCAGCUGAAGAGCGACAGGGACAAACCUCUCCCGCCGCUUCUGGCACGGGUGGGCGGGAACAUCGAGGUGUUGGGUUUUAACGCUCGGCAGCGGAAGGCCUUCUUGAACGCCAUCAUGCGCUGGGGGAUGCCCCCUCAGGAUGCCUUCAACUCCCACUGGCUCGUGCGGGAUCUCCGCGGCAAGAGCGAGAAGGAGGUCAGAGCUUACGUGUCCCUGUUCAUGAGGCAUCUGUGUGAGCCCGGGGCAGAUGGUGCAGAGACCUUUGCCGACGGCGUCCCCCGGGAGGGGCUGUCCCGCCAACAUGUGCUGACACGCAUCGGGGUGAUGUCUCUGGUGAGGAAGAAGGUUCAAGAAUUCGAGCUGAUCAACGGGAAGUGCAGCACCCCUGAGCUCGGCACGGCGGGCGGCACGAAGUGCAGCAGGGCUCCCUCCUCAGACCCGAGCACGCCUGUCCCGGCCAGCCCGGCUCACGGGCAGGGCCCCCCCACAGCGCAGCAAGACAAAGCAGACCCACCACCCUCGGGGGCGGCCGAGGAGAAGGAGCAAGGGGAGCAGAGGGCCAAGAAGCCCCGGGAAAACCAGUCAGGCGGCGUAUGCAGAGCAAGGAGUUGCCAGAGAGGGGAGGUGCCUCCGGUGCGCCUCCGGAUUGCCUUCUCCCCUGCGAGCAGUGCAGCAAGGGAGGUGCAGGGUCUCCAGGGGCCUGCAAUGAAGAAGGGUGUCCGUCGCAUUCAGGUGCUGCUGAGUGGGGAGAAGACCAGGAGCAGCGACAAGGAUGAGCUGCUUGAGAGCCCAGAGAAAGCCGGAGAGGAGGCCACAGACGAGGUCGAGAAGGCCAACCCUCACAAGGAGCAGCUGGCUAAAGGUGAAGCCUCCCAGGAGAACGAGGCACCUGUGGAAAGCUCGCCCUCGGAUACUGGCCCCUGCACCGGAGGUGGCAAAGAGCCCAGGCCAGGGGGGCAGCAAAGUGGUGUCCCCGGCGCUCCCCGCGGCCAGACCCUCGCCAGCUGGGGCAGGAUCAGGGCAGCGCCUCCCAGGAGGAGCCGGUCCAGUCCCCCUGCCCUGCAGACCCCGCCCCCCAACCAGCUGUUCCCGGUGCUUUUUCCCGCAGAAGACACCAGGGCAGAAGAAAUGGAGCCAGCGGAAGUUCAACAGAAUGGUGAAAAAGAGGACGAGGAGGAUGGGAAAAAGGAUGACAGGACCAGCGUCCGGUUUAUGUUCAAUAUUGCAGAUGGGGGUUUCACAGAGUUGCACACACUGUGGCAGAAUGAGGAGAAGGCAGCCAUCUCCUCCGGGAAGAUUUACGAUAUCUGGCAUCGGAGGCACGAUUAUUGGCUCCUGGCGGGGAUUGUCACUCAUGGCUACGCCCGCUGGCAAGAUAUCCAGAAUGAUGCUCAUUAUUCCAUCCUGAAUGAGCCCUUCAAGUCGGAGAUCCACAAGGGGAACUAUCUGGAGAUGAAGAACAAGUUCCUGGCUCGGCGAUUCAAGUUGCUGGAGCAGGCCUUGGUGAUCGAGGAGCAGCUGCGCAGGGCCGCCUACCUCAACAUGACCCAGGACCCCGGCCACCCGGCCAUGGCCUUGAAUGCCCGCCUGGCCGAAGUGGAGUGCCUUGCAGAAAGCCACCAGCAUCUCUCCAAAGAAUCUCUCGCUGGGAACAAGCCUGCCAACGCCGUCCUUCAUAAAGUCCUCAACCAGCUGGAGGAGCUGCUAAGCGACAUGAAGGCCGACGUGACCCGGUUGCCCUCAAUGCUGUCUCGAGUCCCACCUGUUGCUGCCCGCCUGCAGAUGUCCGAGAGGAACAUCCUGAGCCGCCUGACCAACCGGGGGAGUGAGCCAGCUGUCCAGCAGGCCCCCUUUGGCUCCUCCCAGAUCUACAGCAACAACUUCGGGCCAACUUUCUGCAGUGCUGGGGCAGGUGGGAUCGUCAACUACAGCCAGAUGCCCCUCGGACCUUACGUGACAGCGACACCCAGUGGGUCACCCCCGAGCCACCCCGAUAUGAAAGGACCUGAGUCCUUGAAGGUUGGCACAUCCUUCGACAGCAAAGGACAGCAACAUGAUAUCAUCUGCAUCGAAGAUUAG